AUGCAAGAGUUGGCGAGAAAUGCAUUCGACUAUUACCGCGACGAAGACGAAACUAGCAGGCCCGUGCUCAUCAGCAUCAAAAAGGGGACCGUUCUUCCCCCCUCUCUCAUCGCCUUCCAUCAAGAUCCUUCAUUUUUUUCACUCCAACCGUUCCAUUCGAUGAAGCUACAUGAGUUCAACAAUAUCCUCGACGAGUUCUAUGCAACUCAUGCCACUGUCUUUGAUGCUGAAGAGUGGUUUGGCAAAAACAAUUUCUAUGAAGCUGCAGCAGACGCAGAUCCAGAGCAAUGGCCAACUUAA